AUGUAUGAAGCUUAUGAAAGUAACAUACCGCCGGGCGUCAACUUGGCGACGUUCGUGUCCGUGGGUGAACAGUUGAUCAGGCUAUCGCACUCGCAGGUCCCUACCGCCAGUCUUGUUCGGAGUAUCUCAAUAGAUGUCGACGCCAUUUAUCGAAUCUCGAUCCUUCUUGCAGAUCUUCAAAAAGGCCACCACGUCUACCAAUGGGCGUUGACCGGCUGCGCAAAAGCACAUUCGCGCCGAGCCAUUGUUCACCUCGUGAACCGGUAUAUCAGCACGCCAGGUGUGGACAUUUACCGAAACACCGAGGGCAUAGCGCAGGUCAAAGACUUGGCUCUUAAAGACGAAUUCCCUCAUGCGAUUAUGCUAUAUGCCAAACUGCUCAUCUGGCGCGGUGAGAACGCAGAAGCCGCCCAGCUUCUAGAGCGAAAGAUUCUGCCAUAUCUGCAACCCUCUAGCAAACGCCCUUCCUUGUGGGAGGAUAUAACGUUAGCGGGCGCAUUUGAAUCGCCCUGGCGGAUGUACGCUGUGGCUAUUGAAAAGGAACAGGGUCUAGCGGGUAUCCUGAAGGCCACUGCGCGAGCCGCCACGGAGUUUCACGACCCGAUCGCCAUGGCUGAUUUCGCCAUCUCCGUGUUGGAAACGGAGGCCCCCAACAAGUACGAGACGUACGAGGCGUUCAUGGGUGGCGCUGCAAUGUGGGGAAAUAUUGCAGCCAGCUUUUACAUUGCUAAUUUUUAUUACCUCACCUCCCAAGGCCAAUUUACCACCGAAGCAGAGAGGAAGGCAAAAGAGAGGGAAGAUGCUAAUGCUGCGCGCAGCGCCUGGUUGAAACCCUUUGAGUCUAUAGCGAGUGGGGUUGUUACGUUUUUCAACCAACCCAAGGAUCAUAAGACAUACCGCAAGCUCGCGAUGGAUUGGUACGAGCUUGCUUUUGAUGGAGGGAACAACGAGGCUGGGUAUAUCCUGGCCUUGCUCCUUCGCGAGGAUGGCGAGAUGGAGAAGAGCCGUGAGAUGUACAAGCUUGCUGCUCGAAAGGGUCUUCCGGCCUCGUUGUCGAAGAAAAGCCUGGCGGAGAUGAAGGAUAAGUGGGAAGACCGGACAUUCAACCCUGGUCUGCCUCCUAAGCUGUUGAAGCUUGCGUAG